CCUUCCCAAAAGACUUUCCGCACCAAGCGUAUUCUCGCAAAAGCUUCCCGCCAGAACAGACCCAUCCCUCAGUGGUUCCGUCUGAAGACUGACACAAAAAUCCAGUAUAACGCCAAGAGACGUCACUGGAGAAGAACUAAGCUCAACAUCUAG